GUGCGAAUAGUGCUGGAGGGGGAUCUCAGUCAGUGCUGCUGGGAGGAGGAGGUGGCGGAGGAGGAAGAAUCUCCUACCCCCAGCUCCUCCGGCUCAUACCGUCAUACACAGGCCGGGGGUCCCACAGGUGACACCGAGCGGACGGUGACGGGUGUUGCCUCAGCUCUGCACAAGAAAAAUGGCCAUCACUGUGGAUCGUAUCAGAAAGAUGGGAUUUCUUAUACUGAGAAUGGUCCUAAGAUUUUCCUUUAUGGUCAUAAACAACAUGGUUGCUAUUCCAUCCUAUGUAUUAUAUUUGAUAGCUCUGCAACCUGUCAGACUAAUAAACAGAAAACUAUUCUGGUCUAUUGAAGGAUUAAUGUUUAAAUGGCUUUUAGCAAUGGUCGCCUCCUGGGGUUGGGCUGCGGGAUAUACAGUUGUUGAAUGGGGAGAUAAUGUGCACUCGAUUACAGAAGACGAAGCUGUAAUGCUGGUGAAUCAUCAAGCAACAGGGGACGUCUGCACACUUAUGUUGUGUCUCCAGGACAAAGGCUUGGUGGUUCGGCAAAUGAUGUGGCUGAUGGAUCAUAUAUUCAAAUACACAAAUUUUGGAGUGGUAUCUCUUGUACAUGGGGAUUUCUUUAUCCGACAAGGUAAAGCUUACCGUGACCAACAGCUUAUUCUCCUUAAGCGACACCUAGAAAGGUACUAUAGGAGCCGUGAUCGUAAAUGGAUAAUUUUGUUUCCAGAGGGUGGCUUUCUCAGGAAAAGAAGGGAAACAAGCCAAAUGUAUGCCAAGAAAAAUAACUUGCCGUUUCUUAGGCAUGUCACUCUUCCAAGACUGGGUGCUACGCAAAUUAUCUUAAAUACAUUACAGACGCAGCAGGAAAAUGGUAUACUUGCUGGUGGAGAGUCUUCUUCAUUGGACAGAAAACCUAAAGGCCUGCAGUGGGUUAUAGACACCACCAUUGGAUACCCGAAUGCUGACCCUAUGGACAUCCAAACCUGGAUUUUAGGCUACAGGGAACCAAUGAUCACACACGUGUACUACAGAAUCUAUCCAAUCAAAGAUAUACCGAUGGAGACAGAAGCAUUGACAGAUUGGUUAUAUCAACGGUUCGUUGAAAAGGAGGAGCUCUUGUCACAUUUUUAUGAAACAGGUGCUUUUCCACCCCCACGGGGCCAAAAGAAAGCAGUAUCAAGAGAGAUGAAACUUAACAACCAGUGGCUUUUCCUGGUACAAUGUCUGGCGUUCUUGUCAGGCUACAUGUGGUACUGCGUUCUUCACUAUUUGUAUCAGUGCUUAUUUUGAAAGCAGAACGGGACUGAAGGACUCAAAUUGUAGGAAGUUUCUGGCUCUUGCAAGAGAGCUUAAUGUUAUCUGUGCGAUUGUGAAAACGCCACAGUCGAGAAAAUAGCAGGCUCAAAACAUUUUUUUUUUUUCGGGGAGGUGGGGGAGGGAUGAGGUAUUUUUUUUUUAUUUUUAUUUUUAAACCCCUUCUUGGGUUCAUUUUAAAAUCAAGAAAAAAAAGUAUGGAUCAGUGUCAGUGACCUGCUAAUGUAUUUUUAUGAACUGCUUAAAGUGUAAAGCCCUCCAGAACUAUUCCAAACUGAAAUGGCAAUGACCGUCAUGAAGUGACUGUGCAUCAAAUUGUUACCACUAGGACGGUAUUCAGCAGCCUCUUCUGUAACCAGUAGUCCUCUAAAGUGGAUGCAAUGAGCUACAACCCCCAACCUCACUGAGCAGAAAACGGCACCCAAGUUUAUUACGCAUAAUGGCAAAAGGAGUCCAAACUGACACAGGAAAAUCAUACCAGUGCCGUCAUACACAUUGUCCUUUUUCACAAAAUCAUUUGUCUACUUAAAUUGAAAGAAUCAGAAUUAUAUCCUUGUUUUAUAUGUACAACAAAGCAUCUGGUUUACGUGUGCAAAUCUCUCUUGAAAAUAUGUCUGUUUGCCUGUCAAGAUUAUUAUUUUAUUUUUUUGUUUGUUUAUGAAGCAUUUUGUAUGUAAAUUUUAACAAUGUAGUGUGUAGAUUUUUUUUUUUUUUUUUUCUCGAAUUGCACUUUUUAAAAUUUAGUGUAAAAUUCUGUGGAAGGUUUUGUUUAAAUAAGUGCUUAUGGUUUUAAAUCCCAAUUGUUUAAUAUCAUUGAAUUAGGGAAAUCACAGCAGAAAUGACAGUUUUUUUAGUAUCUGUUAUAAUUUGCUUUAGUUUAUAAAGGGAAAUGGCAGGAAGAUUACAUUUUUCUAAUGCCAAACGAGAUUUUUUUUUUUAAAUGAAAAGGGAUGUCUAGCCAUACAUGUCAUUUCCCACCCCUGCUUUUCUUUGUGGUCAAUAUGUUAAAAUUGUUGUUGAGAUCAAAUUGUAUUGGCCUUUAAUGCACUGAAAAAGUCAAAUUACCUGACAGCUCUCUGUCCUGGUAACAAUUCACAAGAAAGUCAGCAGACACUAUUAUCGUGACAGUCUGAAGGCAAUUUGAGAGGACACAGCUUUUAUAUUGUGAGUAACGGUUAUCAAGUGAUAAUUAAACAAACUCAUUGAGAGAUGUCAGCCAUUUUGCAUUAAACCACUAAAGGCAUAAGGCCUGUAUUUCUUUUUUGUGAGCUACAUUGGUUAGAAGAGAGGAUACCAUACCCUAUCAAGAUAAACAAUUGUGUUUGCAUAUAAGUGUGACUGUAGAGUUUAUUUAUAAACAAACGACUGUGAAAAGGGACAAACUACCCAAAAAUGAAGUUUGGUUGGAAGGAAUUUCAUGAGGAAAUGAUGCUGUGCUUUUUCUAGGUCAGUUGAGAUACCUCAGUGAUUGAAAAAAUAGAUCUCCACAGAAAUAAAUCUUUUACUUAUUA